AUGGCGGAUAGCAGCGAUCUUCGUGGCUGGUUGAUGAGCGGAGUGUCUGGAAUAGCCUGUGUGCUUGGUUCCUCGGUCAUCUGCAUCGAUGUACUCUUGCGCCAGUGCUCUAGCCGCAAGAAUUUCCAGAUCGUCAACAACAAUGGCUUCCUCUCGGCUUCAUUAUGCCUGAGUGCGGGUGUCCUGCUCUUCACCUCCCUCUACAGCAUGCUCCCCACCUCCAAGCAGUACCUCACUCGAGCAGGAUUUUCGCCCCGCGCCGCGGCCUAUACUCUGAUCGGACUAUUCCUGGCCGGUGUAAUCGUCAUUCGGUUGAUCUCGACCCUCAUUCAUCGGCAUAUCCCCUCCCAUGUGGUCGAUUGUGCCCACACCCACGAGCCUGAGACCGACCCAGAGCGCGGGGAAGUCGGACAGGAACCGCAACCGGCACCUCCCCCCCAGACCAACGGCAAUCAUGAACGGACACCGCUCCUGCAGCAACAAACCGCUCGCUCUUGGAAAUCGACCCCCGGUGCCGUCGAGCGACCGGCGCUAGAGCCGUUGCGCUCUCGUCUGACUCGACGCCUCAAUCGCCUCGUGGGUGGCGUCAAGCCGCGCUGUGAUGACUAUGGCCCGUGCUAUGGCUUUUCGCAAACCUGUGGGCGCGAAUGCUCCAAGACGCUCACGCCGCACAUUCCUACGUCUACUGACGAGUCUCAGCGGCCGGCGCUGCCCACGCAUCACACCAUUGGCGCGCAAUUAGACUCGGAACGACCGGCGUUUGGGGAGAACAACAGCCAUCAGGCUUUCGCUCCGUCGCAUGACUCGAUUGAGGACUACACCGGGCGUUUGGAAAUUGGCGAUGCACAAACCCAUCAGAGCAGCGCAUCUUCUUCACGCACCCGGCUCCAGGAAUAUGCAUGCAAACCGACGGAGGAUCAGAACGAGUCGACCAAGCCUGCUCCCGCAGCGCCCCCCCAACACCAUCACCACGUCCCCCAAAACGCUUUCCUGUCAAUUGGCCUGCAGACGUCCCUGGCGAUCGCCCUCCACAAGCUCCCCGAGGGAUUCAUCACCUACGCCACCAACCACGCCAGCCCCUCCCUCGGUAUGGCUGUCUUUGUCGCCCUCUUCAUCCACAACAUCAGCGAAGGUUUCGCCAUGGCUCUGCCACUGUAUCUGGCCCUCCACUCCCGCUGGAAGGCCAUGUUCUGGUCCAGCUUGCUGGGCGGUGUCAGUCAGCCCGCCGGCGCCGGUCUGGCCGCGCUCUGGUUCUGGGGCGCGGAGAAGGCUGGUCACGGCGGCGCGGAUACCGGUCCCUCCUGGGCCGUCUACGGAGGCAUGUUCGCCGCGACUGCCGGCGUGAUGACCUCCGUCGGCCUGCAGCUGUUCAGUGAAGGGCUAGGAUUGACGCAUCACCGCGGGCUCGGAAUCUGGUUCGCGAUCGCGGGCAUGGGUCUGAUGGGGUUGAGCUUUGCUUUGACGGCUUGA